AUGUCGAACCUUCCCUCCGAGCCCGAGUUCGAGCAGGCUCUCAACGAGCUCUCCUCCACCCUCGCUCCCUUCCUCGAGCAGAACCCCGAGUACAACAAGGCGUUCCAGAUCAUCCAGAUCCCCGAGCGUAUCAUCCAGUUCCGCGUCGUCUGGGAGGAUGACAACCACCAGGCCCAGGUCAACCGUGCCUACCGUGUCCAGUUCAACUCGGCGCUCGGUCCCUACAAGGGCGGUCUCCGACUGCAUGAGACCGUCAACCUCUCGGUCCUCAAGUUCCUCGGCUUCGAGCAGAUCUUCAAGAACGCGCUGACGGGUCUCAACAUCGGCGGUGGUAAGGGUGGUAGCGACUUCAACCCCAAGGGCAAGAGCGAUGCCGAGGUGCGCCGAUUCUGCAAGGCCUUCGCUACCGAGCUGCAGCGUCACAUUGGACCCAACACCGAUGUCCCCGCUGGUGACAUUGGCUUCUCCACCCGUGAAGCCGGUUUCGUGUUCGGAACGUACAAGCAGCUGCGCAACGAGUGGACCGGUGUCAUUACGGGCAAGGCGCUCGACUGGGGUGGAAGCAACAUCCGUCCCGAGGCGACCGGCUACGGACUGAUCUACUACGUCGAGCACAUGAUCAACCACGCCGAGGGCGGCAGCAACGGCUUCAAGGGCAAAAAGGUCGUCAUCUCCGGUUCGGGCAACGUCGCCCAGUAUGCGGCGCUCAAGGUUCUCGAGCUCGGUGGUACGGUUCUGUCGCUCUCCGACUCCAAGGGCUCGCUCAUUGCCAAAGACGGCAAGGGCUUCACCGCAGAGAUGAUCUCUGAGAUCGCCCAGAUCAAGUACAAGCGUGGCGAGCUCAAGUCGUUCGGCGAUGCGAGCGGCGCGUUGGAGUUCCACGAGGGCGCGCGACCGUGGACGCUGGUCAAGUCGUACGACGUCGCUCUGCCCAGUGCGACGCAGAACGAGAUGAACGAGGACGAGGCCAAGGCUGCUCUUGCUGCAGGAUGCCGUUUCGUCGCAGAGGGCUCCAACAUGGGUCUCGACCAGGCUGCCAUCGACGUGUUCGAGCACUCGCGAACCACUUCCGACACUCCCUGCUGGUACGGCCCCGGUAAGGCGGCCAACUCGGGCGGUGUCGCGGUCAGUGGUCUCGAAAUGGCCCAGAACUCGGCGCGCCUCACGUGGGCCCCCGAGGAGGUCGACCAGAAGCUCAAGGACAUCAUGAAGAACGCCUACGACAACUGCUUCAAGACCGGCCAGAAGUUCCCCGCCAAGGGCGACAAGGUGGCCGACAAGCUGCCCUCGUUGGUCGGUGGCGCCAACAUCGCCGGUUUCAAGAAGGUCGCUGAUGCCAUGAGGCAGCACGGCGACUGGUUCUGA